UGCGGCUCUGAGCACGGGCUGUGCCUGCGCCUCUGGCCCAGCCGGCCCCGAGGCUGCCCAGCCGCGGGUGUGGGCACAGCGCGGGCCCUGGGGACGGGCUGGCAGCGAGGAUACCGGUGUGGCUGCUCGGCGGGGGACCCUGGCAGGCGCCUGCUCCUGCAGCUUUGAAUGCUCUUGUUCUUCGUUCAAUACAGGCAAUCAUGAGUGAUCGAAAGGCAGUGAUCAAGAAUGCAGAUAUGUCUGAAGAGAUGCAGCAGGAUGCUGUGGAGUGUGCUACUCAGGCCCUAGAGAAGUACAACAUCGAGAAGGACAUUGCCGCUCACAUAAAGAAGGAGUUUGACAAGAAAUACAAUCCCACUUGGCACUGCAUCGUGGGAAGGAACUUUGGCAGCUACGUGACUCAUGAGACCAAGCACUUCAUCUACUUCUACCUCGGCCAAGUCGCUAUUCUUCUUUUCAAGUCUGGUUAGAACCAUGGACUGUUAUGGAAACUUGCAUCUGGUUACAGGACUGUGUGCUGACUCCUCUGACUAGUUACUGCAGCCUUCCUGAAGACGCAGACCUUGAUCUUCAAGGGCAAUGGCAGGGAUUAUGCUAUAGCAGAUGAUCUUACAUUGUGGGUAUAAAAAGGAAAAAUACCAAAAAAGUCUUCCUUGUAUUUAUUUUUUUUUUCCAGAAUGCUGCUUCUUUGCUAGUAGAGCUGUUGGAGCAGUUUUGCCUUUGAGAGUUUUAUAGCCAUCUACAGUAUUGCCCAAUUACUGCUUGUGCUAUGUAAGUACUGACAGUGUUUAGUUCUUUCUGUUCCAAACUUCUCUUGUUCUUCUAAUUUGCUUUUUGAUUAUUUUCCCCCCUUGUUGUGCUGGAUGUACUGCCCCAAAGCCCGAGCCGUUUCUUUUUCUGCCGAUGCCUCGUGGAGAACCGUUUUGGAAAAUAAAGGACGAGAUCUCCCCCAGGCGCCAGGUCGUUCUUU